AUGGAUGAAAUGGAUGAUUUUUUCGGUAAUGACGAACUUGACAGAGAACCAAGUCCGUUCGGAGAAGAAGCUAUUGAAGAUAAUACCGGCGAGGAGGGAAGCAGACGGAUUAUUGAACCAAAGCUGCUGAGAACCAAGAAACUAACAAACCCUCGCCUUGCGCUGAAUGAGAAAACAUUGACUGGACCAAAGGGAAUUACUGCUCUACGAGAAGCAUUUCAAAAUUUCAAUCCGAAUCCAAAAGAUGACCCUUAUAAAAAUCUCGAAAAGAUGAUGAAGAAAUAUGCCUACUGGGGUCAUUUGAUGUUUCCAAAAAUGAAAACCGAAGAUGUAUUGAACAGAGUUGAAACACUAGGAACUCGAAGACAAGUCAAACUAUACAUCAUGAAACAACGACUUGGAGAAUCCACAGAUGACGUUGAAAACGAGAAGAGGGAGACGAAGAGCAAGAAUGGAAUUAUUGAUGAUGGUGCUGAUGAUGAUGAAGAUGAUUUGUUCAACGAUCUACCUGAAAAGGAAACGCCCACUAAACCUAUCAAUCAUACUGAAAAAGUUGUCGAUUCGCCCGAAAAGAAGAACGGACAAGUUAGUAACAACGACGCAGAGGAAGAAGAAUAUCGUAUGAUGGAAGAAGAAAGGCUUCGGGAAGAGCAAGAAGCUAGAGAAGCUGAAGCUGAAGACGAGCUAAUGGAAGAUUUCGAUUUGAACAACGACUGGUGA